AUGGCUCGCACGAAGCAAACCGCCCGCAAGUCCACUGGAGCCUUACCUCCGAGGAAGCAGCUAGCCACAAAGGCCGUACUCAGGAAGUCGGCUCCGGCGAUCGGCGGUGUGAAGAAGCCUCAUCGUUUCAGGCCAGGAGCCGUGGCUCUUCGUGAGAUCCGAAAGUACCAGAAGUCCACCGAGCUCCUAAUCCGUAAGCUCCCGUUCCAACGCCUGGUUCGUGAGAUCGCUCAGGACUUCAAGACCGAUCUCCGCUUCCAAAGCUCCGCUGUGGCCGUGCUUCAGGAAGCUGCUGAGGCCUACCUGGUCGGACUGUUCGAGGACACCAAUCUCUGCGCCAUUCACGCUAAGAGAGUCACAAUCAUGCCAAAAGACAUCCAGCUCGCGAGGAGAAUCAGGGGAGAUAGAGCAUAA